UCUCUCUCUCUCUCUCUCUCUCUCUCCUCCUUCUAUCUAUCAUCAUCCUCGUAAUCCUCAUCUUCGCUCUCUCUCUCUGUCCAAAUUGUGACGACCCAGUUGCAAUAAAAACGCUGCGGGAGCUGAUCCUGAUCCCCUUCCACCGUAUACCCACAUCUUCUUUCCCCUUCUCUCUCUCUCUCUCUCUCUCUCUCUCUCUUGCUGCUUCAUGUUCAUCAGCGAGUUAAGAGGAGAGAGAGGCAGUACAGAGGCGAAGAACAAUAUAUACAAUUGGAGUUGAUCUCUCUUCCUCUACAGCUCAAGAGGUCUAUCUGUGGUUCCAGUUUUUGCAGUGCAUCUCCGGCGAUGAGUUUUGGGAGUAACAGAGAGCGGAAACAAGGGCCUGAUUCUUUGUAGAAAGUGGGUUUAGUUGAGACUCUGGAUCGGGAUGGAGCAAGGAGGAGGAGGCGGAGGGGGAGAAGUGGUGGAGGAGGCAUCGCCGAUCAGCUCAAGACCUCCGGCGAACUUCGAGGAGCUCAUGAGAUUCUCAGCCGCCGCAGAAGACGGCGGAGGAGGAGUCUCCGGCGGAGGAAGCUCGUCUUCCGGCAACAGAUGGCCAAGGGAGGAGACUCUCGCCCUCCUCAGGAUUCGGUCCGACAUGGACUCCAUCUUCCGUGACGCCACUCUCAAAGCUCCUCUCUGGGAAGACGUUUCCAGGAAGCUGUCGGAGUUUGGGUACAAGCGCAGUGCCAAGAAAUGCAAAGAGAAAUUCGAAAACGUUCAGAAAUAUUACAAACGCACCAAAGAAUCCCGCGGCGGCCGCCAACACGGCAAGGCCUACAAGUUCUUCAGCCAGCUCGAGGCUCUCAACACAACCGCCGGUACCUCGAACGCAGCCGCGGCCGCAACCGCGACCAAAGUCUCCACCCUAGACGUCGCGCCUCUCUCAGUCGCAAAUCCCAUCCUAACGCCGUUUUCCACAUCCGCCGCCGGAGUUCCCUCUUCGUCUCCGUUUUCCGUCUUCCCUCCUCCUCCGCCGGCUUCUUUCGCCUCCAUUCCGAUCACACCCACGCCACCUCCGGCGUCGGCCAACAUCACUGCGGCCGGAGUUUCCUUCUCGUCUCACAGCUCAUCCACGGCCUCAGGGAUGGGGUCGGACGAUGACGAUGACGAUGACGAUGAAAUGGACGUAGACGUGGCUAACGUGGCGGGUCCAAGCAGCCGGAAACGCAAACGCGGUCACCGUCAAGGUGGAAAGAUGAUGGAGUUUUUCGAGGGUUUGGUGAAGCAGGUGUUGCAGAAGCAAGCCGCCAUGCAACGGAGCUUCCUCGACGCUCUUGAGAAGACAGAACAAGAACGAACCGGUCGAGAAGAAGCCUGGAGACGCCAAGAGAUGGCUCGAUUGGCGCGAGAGCACGAACUCAUGGCUCAAGACCGAGCCGCGUCCGCGUCUCGGGACGCAGCCAUCCUGUCUCUGAUUCAGAAGAUCACAGGCCAAAGUAUACAGCUCCCACCACCAUCCGCAACGCCACCACAACCACCGCCGCCACCGCCACCGCCACCGGCUCCUCCAUUGCAGAAAAUACAACACACCCAUCAUCAUCGUCAGCGUUCUCAUAAAGCUGCAGAAACAUCAAAUAUUCAAUCUCAGUCACAACCAAUAAUGGCAAUUCCUCAGCAGCAGAUUCCUCCUCGGCCGCCUCCACAGCAGCAGCAGCCGGAGAAACAACACGAUCAAAUGGUUGGUGGAAGUGGUAGCUCAGAACCAGCCUCGUCUAGGUGGCCAAAGGCGGAGGUUUUGGCGCUCAUAAACCUCAGGAGCGGCUUGGAACCGCAGUACCAAGAAGCCGGCCCCAAGGGUCCACUCUGGGAAGAGAUUUCAGCUGCAAUGCAGAGAAUGGGAUACUGCAGAAGCGCGAAGAGAUGCAAGGAGAAAUGGGAAAACAUAAACAAGUACUACAAGAAAGUGAAAGAGGGCAACAAGAAACGCCCUGAAGAUGCCAAGACUUGCCCUUACUUCCACCACCUCGAUACGCUUUACCGGAACAAAGUACUGGGUGGUUCCAGUACCUCAGGCCUGCAACUCCAUAGACCCGAUCAAGAUCAGAUCUUGACGCCAAAGGAGAGCGCAGAAGCGAGUCCAGAAGGGGUUAACGUGCAACCUCUGGGGUCAGCGUCAAGUUCAGGGGACAGAAAUCAAGAACACAUGGAGAAGCGUCCAGAAGAGGGAGCUUUCAGGGAAGGAGGAGAGACUGAAAAGCCAGAAGACCUUGUGAGGGAGCUGAUACAGCAAGAACAUGCAAACCCUAAACAAGGGCAUCAACAGAAACUAAUGAUAGGCGAGUAUGAUAAGAUUGAGGAGGCUCGCAGUUAUGAUUUGGAGGAAGAAGAGGACGAAGAUGAACUGGAUGAGGAAGAGAAGACGGCCUACGAGAUUGCGUUUCAGAGUACCGGAAACAGAGGAAGCAACGGCCAUGCAGAGCCGCCAUUCUUGACAAUGGUUCAGUAACAGACCGAUCCAAAGCCAACAAUGCCGGAUCCUCUGUCUGAAUGUACCAUAUGUACCUAUGUGUGCAUAGCCCCCCAAACACUACACACAUACAUACACUCAUUACAUUACCAAACUGAACCCAAAGGUUUUUUCUUACUUCACCCA